AUGUCAUCAGCUAUCAGCUAUACCGCCUAUAUGAACUUUCACACCAAUCCUGCAACUUGUACGGAAGGAGAUGAUACUCGUGAUUCAGAGGGGCAGGAUGGUUUAAAUAUUGUAGCUAAUCACCAGCUAAUCAUCAGCCAACAGCGGAUGUACUUGGCCCGUUUACAGAUGUCAAAACUAGCUUCUGUCGUCAUUGAAUCGAUCACACAUGCUACUCAGGCUAUAGUGGAAGAACAAGUGCAACACCCCAAACCAAGACCAUACCACAACUCGGUCCUGACAGGCUAUGGAUGGGUCAGGGAAUUGAUAGAUGGGCAUCCUGAUCGUAUCAGGACGGAGCUUGGGGUGCAACAGGAAGUUUUCCCGAAGUUGUUAGAUUUAUUGCAGGCCAAUGGAUACUCGGAUUCAAAGCAUGUGUUGAUUGAAGAAUAA